UCCUCCAUAGGGCAGAGCGGAAGUUGCCUGUGCCGUGUACGUCGCUGAUUUUCUUCCGCCUGGUGCAGGGGGGCAAGAUUUCCUGGGACGCUUUCACCUUGCAGGGAGAAGCGCAAGUAUAUGCCGAGCGUUUUCCUUCCUCCCCUUCCCUUCUUUGCAGAGAAAUGGCUGGGCUGAUCAACUUCGAGGAUGAAGAGGAGGUGAAGGAGUACUUAGACAAUCUGGGUGUGGAGUUCAGCUUCCAGUGCUAUAAGGAGAAAGAUCCAGACGGUGGGCUCCCUGCAGAUUUGAAAACUGCCUACAACUGUUUUUUGAAGUCUUGUGAGAAAGGUGGGAAGAAAUCCAUAGAUGCUUGUCACAAUACUGGACUGCUGGCACAUGAUGGACGGGGCAAUGAUGAUGAGAAGCCCAACGCACUCCUAGCCAGGGAUUAUUACAGUAAAGCUUGUGAUGGCGGUUUUGCCCCCAGCUGUUUCAAUCUUAGUGCAAUAUAUCUCCAAGGAGCCUCUGGGAUACCAAAGGAUAUGAACCAGGCUUUGGAAUACUCUCUGAAAGCGUGCGACUUGGGACACAUAUGGGCAUGUGCCAACGCUAGCCGAAUGUACAAGCUAGGGGACGGAGUUGCGAAGGAUGAUGCCAAGGCAGAAACCCUAAAGAAUAGAGCAAAAGACCUGCACAAAGAACAGCAGGCAGCUACAAGAUCCUUAACAUUUGGAGAGUAAGCCCAGUCAAGUGCAUUAGCGUUUUCUCAAGAAACAUACUUUGUACAAUAGUGCACAGACAUUGGGUGGAAUUCAGCAUUGCAGUAUUGCAACAUUGCUGCUUGCCAGACAGAAUGAUUCCCCCUCUCCUCCCCCUGCCUGCUGUUCUGGGGGUUCUCCAAACACCUGCCGUGAGGCAAUUUCGGGAGGCACCCAGCGGGAGGAAAUGGGGGGAAAGGUAUAGAGUUUGAUUCAAAAAAACAUUUGUGUGAAUGAGUGUCUCUUUUUGCCUGUACAAAUUAUUGUUUUGUAAACACAAUAAAAACCAAUAUUUUUA